CGAUAACCGUAUGUAUGCUGCUGUUGCUAUGGCAACGCAUGUUUAAGGCUACGUGCUAGCUUCUUGUAACUAUUCGACGAAACAAUUGCCUGUCUACCGGUGUGUUAUCUGCUCAUUAUAUGCAAUGCCACCCAAAAACAAAGCCUCAAGUAAAAAAUCUGCAAAGGCAAAGACGCCCACCCUGAUAGAUGGUCUUACCAUGGAGGAGAUGCCCAAGGAGCAGCUGGAAGAGCAUAUCAUGCGCUAUCGAGAGGACGUGGAUAGAGAGAGGGAGGAGAGGAACUACUUUCAGCUGGAGAGGGACCAGGUCCACACCUUUUGGGGGAUCACAGACAGACAGCUAGAGGAGAAAAAGUCUAGAGAAAAAAACUUAGAUAAGGACACAGAGGACGAUGAACAACACCACCAAGUAGAGAUCAAGGUGUAUAAGCAGAAGAUGAAGCACCUCCUGUGUGAACACCAGAACACGAUCUCUGAGUUGAAAGCAGAUCGUUUAAUCUCCAUUGAAGCAGUGCAGAAAGAGCAAGAACAGUUAGAGGCUGAACUUCGUAAAGAAAUGAAGGCUGCCAUGGUGGGCAAGGAGAAGCUUGACAACGAAAACCUUGUCACACAGCUUGAAAUGAAACACGAUGAAGAAAUGACUAAAACAAGAAACAACUGGGAGGAACAACUCAGGGAAAUUAAAGCCAAGUAUGAGAAAAAGACAGAGUUGCAGAAACAAGAACUGAACAACAUGAGUAAAAAUGAGUUCACUGAGGCAGUGGAUGGCUGGAGCAACCACAAUACUACUCUUAAUGAAGACCACUACAAAGCUUUAAGUGAUGUUCGUGACCUCUCUAAAAGCAUGGAACUGGAGUUGGAUUAUUAUGAUAUGUUAAAGGUAAGGACUGAGUACAGAAGUUUGCUAGAUUGCACAGAAGAGGACCAGACACGACUUUUGCGGGAAAAAAAACUUUUCACUGAGCUUAACAAGAAAGCCAAGGAGGAAACUGCUCAAGAGGAGAAAAAAAUGAACAACUACUUGAAGAACUGCCCAGAAAAGGUUAACACGAGUCAACACGACAUCCGACAGGGCCUAAAUGACCUGGCAUCGGAUUAUAAAGCAAUGGAACAGAAGUUCAGCAAGCUUCAGCUGGAAGGGGACGAUAUUGAAAAGGUGCAGCAUAACGCUUCUGUGAAGAGCGGAGUGCUGGAAAGAAAGCUGCUCGCUCUGACAGACAGUGUAGAGACGACACAGGCUCAGCUUAGCUCAGUGCGUUCUGUCUCCAACAUGGAUCAAACUGCUCUAAGUGGGAUCAAACACAAAAGUCAGGAAAAUGUUGACUCCAGUAAAAAUUACACCAAAAACUCGCAGUACAAAAGAGCUAAGAUUUCCCAGACCUGUAAGGAUUUGCUGCUGACCUACGAAGCAAAGCAAAGGGCUCUUGGCGUCCCCACAGAGGAAAUUUGUGUGAAGCCCUUUGAGAGCAGUCUUGCUGGGAGAAGUCUGUAACAGGACUUUUAGGAUUUUAGGUUUACUACUUAUUAAAUGAAAAACUUAAUCUGAUCUCUUUUUUUCCCUAUAAUACGCAUACACUACUCAUUGUUAUAGACCAAAUGUAAAAUCUUUUUGACAAUCUUCAGAGAGUAUUUUAUUCUGUUGGUGGUGUUUGAUUUCAAUGACCGGGCAACAGGUGUCGCUGUCCACUUACUUUAUGAGAGUUUCUUUUUGUGACUCCCAUGUGUUGAACAAGACAUGAACCCAAACCAACAAAAGAAUUGUGUGAUUGUGAAAAAACUUAAACUACUUACUAUAUUUCUUUUAUAUAUGUAAUGUGCAGUAGUUUUAUGUUGUAAGAAAUCAACAAACAUGUAUGUGACCCCUACUCUUCAACAAGAAAUGUAAAAUAAGCUCAUAAAGAGGCACUGGCUUAUGAACCCCCCCGACCACAAAGACCCCUGGGCUCCUGCUAGGUAGUGGGUCAGCGGUCAUUUUUCUAUCUCUGAGAGCAAUGAAAAAAAAUAGGAGAAUAAGACGGAGUUGGACAACAUGAGGAAAAAUUAGAUCACUGGAGCAGCAACAUCGCUGCUCUUAUAUAAGACCACAUUGCAAUGAAGCCUCUCCCCUCCGUAUCAGCAGCAAUAUUUUAAAUUCUUCUCACCCAAAGAAAAUAAAAGGUGUUGGUUUUGUACUUUAUACUCAUACUUGGUAAAUGUUUUAAUUCAUGAUGUCACUAUGAAGAACGAUGUCUGUGUGAUUGCUGUUCCUUAUUUGUAGAGCAUAAUGGGAUAAUCUGUAUUUACUUGUA